GGUGGGGUAUCUGGCCAUCUGUGCGCUUGCUCCCUCCUACUAAAUGCCCAGGGGCACAUGAUGACCAUAUACGAAGAGCAAACCCCGACUCUACCUCCCGAAAUGACCAUGCCUUCGCAGAGUAUCAGCCCCAAGACGUCAGGUCCUCAAUCAAAGACGGGGCCGACUAGGGAAAUGAAAUGA